CUAAUACGCCUCCAAGCGCAACUAAAAGCUGUUCAUUUCCUGUACAGAUGUCCAAAAUGCUGUCACUGAAGGCUUUUCUCAGCGAGAGGCUGACGGCGGCAGCGGAGGAGAUAUUUGGAGCUGUUGAAAAGACGAUAGCCGAGUACAAAGAGGAGAUCUGUCGCUCCAAAGAUUUAGAAAUCAGUCGUCUCAGGAUGCAGCUGAAGCUCCUCAAGUCAGACCCUCGGGCAGAUAGAUGUCUUGGAGCCCAGCUGCAGCAGCACACCCAUCACCACCACCAUCACCAUCCUCCUCCUCCUCCUCCUCAUCAUCAUCAGCAGCAGCAGCACCACCAGUCAGUCCCUGCUGUGGAGGCUCCCGAGUCCCAGCACUGUGAGGAGGAUGAGGGCAGCAGCAUGGAGCAGGAGCACCCGGAGCCCUCACAGAUCAAGAAGGAGCAGCAGAAGAGCCACAGGGAUUUCUGGAUGGGUCACGACGCGGAGCAACUGGACAGCCUUGAGUCAGACAUCAAAGACUUCAUCUCAUCUCCUUCAAGUCUUAAAACCGGUCUGCAGGACACCACAUUACCCUUCCACCCCUUCCACAACAACAACAGCAACAGCAGCAGCGAGGACAGUAAAGAAAAACCCUACAGCUGCUCUGUUUGCGAGAAGCGUUUCAGUAACUGCUCCCACCUCGCAGCUCACAUCAGGACACACACGGGGGAGAGGCCAUACAGAUGUGAAAUAUGCAGAAAGACUUUUAUCACAACGAGCGCUCUGAACAGACACCAGACCAUCCACACCGAGGGGAAACACUUUGUGUGUAAUUACUGUGGUAAAUCCUUUAAAUGGAUGGAGUCUCUUGGCAGACACAUGCGAAGUGUUCACAAGAGGGAAAAUAUGCCUGUAUGACACUCUGUAGCUGGACAUUGAAAACACACUCGUCCAGUAGAUUAGAUCUGUUGUUAUUAUGUAUUAGUUAUCUAUGAUUUAAUUAUAUAAAAUAGGUGCAAACAAAGAAUGUAAUGUCUGUUUUCUACCAUUAGUUGUGAAUUAUGUUGUUAAAUGUGCAUGGACCUGAUGAAGCCUUGAGUACAAAAACACUAG